AGUCAAUCAUUAACAGUUCAUUCGGGCAAAACAGACUUGUUUUGUUAUCCAACUUCGCUCCCUAUCUUAUCUUGGUUGAAUACAGUUAGCUACAUACCACCACCUAUAAUGACGACCAACGGUAAUGACAGGACAACUCAAUGGAAAACAACAAUUAUAGUCAGCACAUCACUUCAGAAUCAUGACACAUCCAGGACGCUUCUUGCACAGCACCAUCGGAUCCGAUUCUCAGACGCUGUCAAUUCGGGGUCCUUUGUUUUCCCAAUGUCAGGUAUUGCAUUCCUCAUAAUAAACCCACAAGAACUACCAGAGAACCUUGAGGAAGCAGGACUGUUUGACAAGAUCAAGAAGUUUGUGACGGUUCACCGCAAUAGUUUCCUUCUCCUGCAAGCCCCUUUUUAUGGGAAGAAGGAACUGGACAUCAUGUCACUGAUACAGCACAGAUUCCUUGGCAGCAAUCUCAGAGUUCUACCUGUACGUAACAACACAGAGAUAGUCAAGGGGAUGCUGACUAUAGCCAAAGCCACCAGUAAGCCCCAUGUUGACAGUGUGCGGGAUCGGAUGUCUCUGGCCAGGGCCCACAUCAUAGAGAGCAGCUCUGUCUGGGAGAUGCUCAGGGAUAUUAAGCUGGGGUGAGCAGCUGGUGCAGAGUGGGGAUGCCAGUUCCCCUCAAACCUACCUGUCCAUGAUAGGUUAGUGACACUAAUGGCUGAUUUAUGCUAGGUCUGGCAUCUACUGUGUUCACGGUCACAAGCAGAGAAUGUCAUUAACCCAACUGGCAUGUGUUUAGUGUGCUUAAUAUACUCACUGCAUCCAAUCCUGUAUCCAGCAGAAUACUAUUACUGUAUAGAUUCAGUAGAAAGUCAAUUGAAAAUCCAGCAUUGCAAAUAAGUGAAAUGAGGCUUAAAUAAAGAAAGCAUUUUGUGUA